AUGGGAGAUCAAUCAAAUGAAAGCAUUUUGCCGCCUCCAAUUGAGAACUUGGACAGUGGUUCUGUUGAGAAAGGACCGCCCAAGAACCCGUUACUUAUGACUGGCCAAAUUGUGAACGAGAUUCUCAAAAACACGGACGGGAAACUGCCUUCCCAAGAGACUCUCGAUCUUCUACCCGAACGCGUCGUUGAGCAAAUCAAGCAGAAAGUCGCCACUCGGAUUAAUCCGGUGCAAAUGAUUGAGCAAGAAAAUCCUCUACAAAUGGAACAUCAAUCAAAUGAAAGCAUUUUGCCGCCUCCAAUUGAGAACUUGAGCAGUGAUUCUGUUAAUAAAGAGCUGCCCAACAACAAACUUUACUUGACUGGAGACAUUAUCGAGGCAGUUCUCAACAUGGAAGACGAGAAAUCACAGGAAUCACAGAAACCAUCAUCGUCUAAGCCUAACCCACCACCGCCAAUUUUCAAACCUCUAACCCCAGCCGAUCCCAUUCCAAGAGCUAAUCUGAAAAAGCCUCGGAAAGAGCCAAAAGAUCGAACAAGGGAAUACCAUGCAAAGCUGAGAAAAGUCUACAAAGAAGACUAUCCGAAUCUUGUUAAAGAACAUGAAAAAUGCAAGGAUGAGCAAUCAAAACUGAAAAGGAUAAACAAAGAACAAGAAGAGGAAAUCGCUUUUUUGAAGAGCAUUAGGCGCUUUCCACAACCACAACCACAACCACAACCACAACCACAACCACAACCACAACCACAACCACAACCACAACCACAACCACAACCACAACCACAACCACAACCACAACCACAACCACAACCACAACCACAACCACAACCACAACCACAAUCACAACCACAACCACAACCACAACCACAAUCACAACCACAACCACAACCACAACCACAACCACAACCACAACCACAACCACAACCACAACCACAACCACAACCACAACCACAACCACAACCACAACCACAACCACAACCACAACCACAACUGUUUCUAGGCAGGCAACAGCGUAAAAGA